AUGUCCAUUGCUACCCUGUACACUGCUUUACAAGGAGAUGCUCAUGCUAGAGCAUUGGCUGCUCCUUCAAGUUCGGCAGCGUUGUCUUAUAGUGAGCUCCGAAUUGCUAUUAUGGAUCUCCAAAGACAAACUGCCGGUUUAGGCAUCAAGACAAACGAUCCUGUAAACAUUGCAGUCCCUAAUGGCUUGGAAUUUGUUGUGAGCUUCUAUGCCGUCUCCUGGCAAAGAGCUGUAUGUGGGCCGCUAAACUCAAACUACAAGCAAUCUGAGUUUGAGUUUUACGUCGAUGACCUAAAGAGCAAGCUCGUUUUCGUCAGCAAGGGCUCUAUCGAAGCCAAUACUCCUGCUGUUCGGGCCGCUAAAAAGCUUUCGGUUGCUGUCGCAGAACUUGCCUGGUGUCCUGAAUCUCGUUUGGUGAAGAUUGUUCGUGUUGAAGGAUCUAACCCUUCUUCACCUCAACCUCUUGGUCUUCCUCAUCCUGACGAUACCACACUUGUUUUGCACACUAGCGGUACCACUGGACGCCCCAAAGUCGUUCCUUUAACCCAUCGAAACCUCUGCCGAAGCAUUCAAAACAUCAGUGCUUCUUAUCGCCUCUCUUCACGUGAUACUUCUUAUGUGGUGAUGCCUCUUUUUCACGUCCAUGGCCUCCUCUGUGGCCUUCUUGCCACACUUGCAUCCGGUGGUGCUGCCGUAGUUCCUCCUCGCUUUUCUCCUAAAACAUUCUGGAAAGAAUUUGUUUAUUAUGGGGCAACCUGGUACACUGCCGUACCAACGAUUCACCAGAUUUUGUUGCGCAGUCCUGUUCCCAACCCACUUCCUAUUAUUCGCUUUAUCCGUUCAUGCUCCUCUCCUUUGGCCCCUCCUGUUUUGCGUAAGCUUGAAAAGACUUUCAAAGCACCCGUUCUUGAGGCAUACGCCAUGACUGAAGCUUCACAUCAAAUGACUACCAAUCCACUUCCUCCCCUUAACCAUAAACCCAAGUCUGUUGGUGUACCAUUCGGGGUUGACUUAAAGAUCCUUGAUACCAAAGGUAACGAAGUUCCCCAGGGAUCUGAAGGUGAAAUCUGUGUUCGUGGUGCCAAUGUAACCAAGGGUUACCUUAACAAUGCAGAAGCGAACAAAUCUUCUUUCACCGAGGAACGCUUUUUCCGUACUGGUGAUCAAGGUAAGGUCGAUGCCGAAGGAUUUGUUUUCAUUACAGGACGCAUUAAAGAACUCGUGAACCGUGGUGGUGAAAAAAUUUCUCCAGCUGAGGUUGAUGCUGUCUUAAUGCAGCAUCCUAAUGUCGCAGAAGCCGUGUGCUUUGCUGUUCCUGAUGAGAAAUACGGACAAGAUAUUCAAAGCGCAAUCCACACUGCAUCUGGAAAGUCCGUGAGUGUUAAGGAAUUGCAAAGCUUCUUGGCACAAAGAGUGGCUGAAUUCAAAAUUCCGAAAAAGUUUUAUUUUACUGACCAGAUCCCCAAGACUGCUACAGGAAAAGUGCAAAGACGCCUUGUUGCUGAUGCCUUCUUUCACCCCAAGGCAAGGAUGUAA